GCAGAAACAAAAACCGCCUCCCCCCCUCCUGCAGAAAGACAUAAUGUGCACCAGCUGGAGUUGGGUGCUGCUGACAGGGAGCAGUGGGUUAAGUUGCUGCUGUGCAGGCUCAGUGAGUGGAGCUCAUUCUAGCACUCUGUCCUGCCCUUGGAGCCAGCAUUCAUUAGCCUGCACUGAUCUGGUUAAGGGAUUUAGUGAAGAGGCAGAUCUCCCUCCAGCUGAUCCAGUUACAGUGUGUAUCCAUUGCUGAAUCCAAAUGGCAACAAAGAUAGAUAAAGAGGCUUGCAGGGAGGCUUAUAACCUGGUGAGGGCUGACACCAAUGGCAUCAGCUGGUAAGUUUCAUUCAUUCAUUUUAUUCCAGCUAUCCAUUGUUAUGUACCCAGCUCUCUCCUAUAGCAUCACUCCCAUACCUGGGAUCUCUCUCCUAGAUCACUCCCAUACCUGGGAUCUCUCUCCUAGCUCUGUGUUAUCACUCCCAUACCUGGGAUCAGGGAGUAUCUUAUAACCUGGUGAGGGCUGACACCAAUGGCAUCAGCUGGUAAGUUUCAUUCAUUCAUUUUAUUCCAGCUAUCCAUUGUUAUGUACCCAGCUCUCUCCUAUAUCUCUGUGUUAUCACUCCCAUACCUGGGAUCUCUCUCCUAGCUCUGUGUUAUCACUCCCAUACCUGGGAUCUCUCUCCCAUAGCUCUGUGUUAUCACCCCCAUACCUGGGAUCUCUCUCCUAUAGCUCUGUGUUAUCACUCCCAUACCUGGGAUCUCUCUCCCAUAGCUCUGUGUUAUCACUCCCAUACCUGGGAUCUCUCUCCUAUAGCUCUGUGUUAGCACUCCCAUACCUGGGAUCUCUCUCCUAUAGCUCUGUGUUAGCACUCCCAUACCUGGGAUCUCUCUCCUAUAGCUCUGUGUUAGCACUCCCAUACCUGGGAUCUCUCUCCUAUAGCUCUGUGUUAUCACUCCCAUACCUGGGAUCUCUCUCCUAUAGCUCUGUGUUAUCACUCCCAUACCUGGGAUCUCUCUCCUAUAGCUCUGUGUUAUCACUCCCAUACCUGGGAUCUCUCUCCUAUAUCUCUGUGUUAUCACUCCCAUACCUGGGAUCUCUCUCCUAUAUCUCUGUGUUAUCACUCCCAUACCUGGGAUCUCUCUCCUAUAGCUCUGUGUUAUCACUCCCAUACCUGGGAUCUCUCUCCUAUAGCUCUGUGUUAUCACUCCCAUACCUGGGAUCUCUCUCCUGUAUCUGUGUGUUAUCACUCCCAUACCUGGGAUCUCUCUCCUAUAGCUCUGUGUUAUCACUCCCAUACCUGGGAUCUCUCUCCUUUAUCUCUGUGUUAUCACUCCCAUACCUGGGAUCUCUCUCCUAUAGCUCUGUGUUAUCACUCCCAUACCUGGGAUCUCUCUCCUAUAGCUCUGUGUUAUCAUCACUCCCAUACCUGGGAUCUCUCUCCUGUAUCUCUGUGUUAUCACUCCCAUACCUGGGAUCUCUCUCCUGUAUCUCUGUGUUAUCACUCCCAUACCUGGGAUCUCUCUCCUAUAUCUCUGUGUUAUCACUCCCAUACCUGGGAUCUCUCUCCUGUAUCUCUGUGUUAUCACUCCCAUACCUGGGAUCUCUCUCCUAUAGCUCUGUGUUAGCACUCCCAUACCUGGGAUCUCUCUCCUAUAGCUCUGUGUUAGCACUCCCAUACCUGGGAUCUCUCUCCUAUAUCUCUGUGUUAGCACUCCCAUACCUGGGAUCUCUCUCCUAUAGCUCUGUGUUAGCACUCCCAUACCUGGGAUCUCUCUCCUAUAGCUCUGUGUUAGCACUCCCAUACCUGGGAUCUCUCUCCUAUAGCUCUGUGUUAGCACUCCCAUACCUGGGAUCUCUCUCUAUGUGAUAUGGGAGGACAGGUAACUGGGAUCUCCAACUCAGUAACUGCUCCUAACUAGCAACAUGACUGAUUGAAACAGCCAGAGACAGUCAAUGGUUUUUGGAUCCAUGUUUAGAAUCUUUCUGGCUAUUGUACAGCCCCAGUAACAUCGUAAGAGAUGCUGAGAGGGGUAGUUUAAACAGAUUCUGGGAUGUUUGAUUGUAUUGAUAUGUAUAGUGUAUCUUGUGCUUUCUUUAACCCUUUUACUGUACAGCGCUACAGACCAUGUUGGUGCAUUUAGUAAUUUUAUACAUUAUAAUGGUAAUUUAAAUUUUGUGUCUGCUAGUGAUAUGUGUCCAUUCAUGUCUAUUAAUGUUGUUCCAGGGUAACAUUUAAAUAUGAUGGCCCUACAAUAGUACCAGGGGAUCAAGGUUCAGAAUAUGAAGAAUUUGUAAAUGCCUGUUCAGGUAAGAAGCCAUACUUACCUGUGUGAUCCCACUGAUGUCUGCUCACACCAUUCGUGUGUGUGUGUGUGUGUGUGUGUGUGUACUGAGUUUGCAGGAUUGAUUCUACAUGUUAUUCUCUUUCUGUUGCAGAAUGUAAUCAGCAGCCAAAAAUGUGUGUUAGAUUAUGACCUCCGGCUAUAUGCUAGGAAUGUCAAUUCAUCUGACUUGUUCAGCCCUGCCCUCCAGAGCAUGGAAAUUGGGCUAACUGGAAUAGAACUCAUUGGGAGGGCUCAUGGACAAAAUUAUAUACAAUAUAAUAUCUUCUUUAUAACCGUAUAUAAUAAUAAUACUGGCUGCAUGAUUACCUCUUGUUAAUCUUUUAAUAGUUACAAAGUACAAGGUAUUUGUAUAUAAAUCACUGGAUGGGGAGAUAGCUCAGUGGAUAGAGCUCCAGUCACAGUCAGCCAUUCAUCCAUCCAAGGUCUAUUAAAUGUGCACAAUACAACUGACUAAUAUAAUAUUGAGAGGACAAGACACACGAUUCAGUACUUUGAUAUUAUUAUAUGCACAAUUAACUGUUCAAACGUUAGAGUCUCCAGUCUGAUUCCCAGUAGGGUCAGUGCAAAUCUCCUUUCUUUUUAGGUCAGUAAAGUGUGAGUUUCAUACACUGUAGCUUUAUAUAGAAUAGGAUCCGCUCUUACCAAUCGUGGAUUAAUUCUGUCUUCAUAUUAUAUAUCUAUCUCAUUCUGAUUGGGCGAUGCCAACGUUGGUGUGUAGGAAAACCCCUUUUUAUAUUGGAGUAAGUUUCCCCAGAUAACAGGGGACGGCAAGGGUUAACAGGUAAAUUUAAUUGACAUUUCUAUGACAGUUUCUGUCGCACAUCCCCUCACUCCCCGCCCACCUUACCCCUCCCCCACUUCUCCUAAUAGAUGAAUAAAUUGGGAGAAACGAGUCCUUUCUUGUCUGAACUGUUCGAGAAGUAGCCACUCCUUUAUGUCCAUUCCACCGUUACACCUAAUGCUAUCAUAGACCAUUUUCAUUCCCAUUUAUUGAUUGAUUAUGGUAGUAUUGGGAUAGUGUAAGGUAGAACAUCUUUAGCCAAUGAAAUAUUAGAAUAUUCAUAGUUCCUGUUCAAACUUCUGGGUUUUCAGUUUGAUUCCCUGCAGAGUCAUCUCAGCCCUUUAUCGUUCUGGGGUCUGUAAGGUGUGCACCCCAGGACAUACCGGAAUACUGAAAAAAUCGAGCCAUAUCCUUCCUUGACUACUUUCAUUUCAUUUGUUUCCUGUGUUUUACCCACAGAGACCCUUGGAUCACAAGACAUGUCAUGUCACAAUAAUGUCAAACUUGCAGAAAAUGCCAUACCGUCUCUCCGAUGAGUAAUCAUUACAUAGUUUAAAUGUCUUUUAAUAAGAAAGCGAUUAAUGUGUUGCUGGCUUGUAUCUGUGGUAUUUGAGAGAAAUUUUCCAUGCUGUCGUUUGGAUUAUUAAUGCACAUUUUGGCACAUGCUUCACUUUAUCUGAUCACUAAUUGAAAAGCUUGCUUGAUUUAUUCCGUAACGAGGACUCUCAAUUCGAAACCCAGCAUGCAAAGCCAACAAAUAGUUUUUCUUUGGUUUUAUGUCCUGACACUUAUUACUCAGCAGAUCAAAUGAUUAGCCGAUUCUCUGAUGUUUGUGUUUCGGGUACAGCAGACAUUGGGGUAUAGUUGGGGUCCUUUCCACCCACCAGAUGAAUCCUGUGUUUGCAGAAAGCCAUGGCCAUUGUUUUUAAUUGAUGGCAAUGGAGAAUUCUGACAUGAAAUGAAUUCUUUGGAUCAGGUUUGGCUGGGUUAUAUAUACUAGACACCAGUCCCAAAUUCCCAAACUGUGCUCAAUACCUUCUAAUAUAUGGACUGGCUCAUUCGUCCGCAUAGAAUAGACCGUGAUCAGAAAGCAUUGUAUAAUGUGUUUUCCUGUAUUCAGGAAAGCAUUGACACAGAGCGUUCAGGACGUAGCCAUUUCACAAGUCUAUCCCAGUGGAGAUAUUUACCAAACCUGGACAUUGAGAACUUGAAUGGUGCGCUUACCAAUCACAUGUCCGCAAACCGACCGACAUUUCUCAAAUUUUUAAAUUUUAAUUGAAACUUUCAGAUGCUAUCUAGGCCCGUCCUUAAUUUCUCUGUUAUAAUCUAGUCCCUGGUAUCAAAUUGUUAGUUUAUUAAUACAGUUGUAUUCAGUUUCAUAAUCAUUGAUUUGGUUACGUAUUCUCAUUAUCCUGCUUUAUAACAUCAAACAUGGCAUCACCAUGUUAUAAAAAAAAGUUAAUUUCGUAAUUGGAGCAUCCUAUAUUGAAAUCUGAUUUUAUAAGCUGCACCCCAAAUCUUUAAAGAACCCUACAGGAGCACAGACAUGUAUUUCUGACAAUACAGUUCCUGUUCAGGCGACCAGCCCCGCUGUUAUCAUGCUGAAAUGGCGAUUUUAUUCCCACACUGAGACUGGUGAUGAUCUCCCAUAGGAAAGCUUUGAAAAGCUAUUGCACGUGUGCUGCAAAUCACAGCGCUGUGCCAAUCCGCAUAGAGAUGAGUUGAGUCUUUGUAUCUACAGGGAACAUUCAAGACCACCACACAGAGAGUGUGGAGAAGGUGAACGCCAGUGUUGCACACUGUGCAACACUGAUACAGGAAGCACCUCUAGUGGCCGUCUGAGUGACUGCACCUAGAGGUGUUAUUAGUCAGCAUUUACGUUGAAAAGCCUGCAGGGUCAGACUAUAGACAGCAGAACCACAUCAUAAAGCUGUAGUGGUUCUCGUUACUAUAGUGUCUCUUUAAACUAGUCAUCGUUUCAUGUUGCUAAGCAGUCUCUAAUUUGUAUUUGUUGGCCAAGGACCAAUUAUAAGUGAACACUGGUAGGAAACCGUUCUGAGAAAAACAGAACUUUGCUGCCAUCCACCUGGGGGAUACCACUCAAUCCACCCACGUAGUAUCAAGGGGCACUAUACUAUUGUUUUGUUUUUUUGUUUGUUUUUUUUUCUCAAAAAGCUGCCUGUUGCUAAACAAAAAAUAAAAAAAACAACAAAACAAAAGACUAAUAUUGUCCUGCCCCACCCCAACCUAUGGGGAUCAGGGCGCAAGGGUUUCAUAUCUGGGGUUUUAGCCCACAAAGCCCCACCUUAGCGAUGCCAAUACUUCAAAGGAAAAAAUACCUUUUCCCUCUCCUCUCUCUUGACCAACCAAGACAGAAUGAGAUAAAGUCGAGUAUUUAUUCCAUACGGCUGAACAAAGUUUUUGUUCUAAGCCAAUGAUCCCUUUAUAGCAAUAAAAUGCUCUAAGAAGGCGAGUUGAAAAUUCCUCCCAAGCUGUGUUUGCAGCGAAGGAACCUCUGUGACUUGUGUUAAAACAUCGUUUGCUUCCUUUUCCUGUGUUUCGCGAUUUCCUGCUGCGAUGGAUACGUUCUAUCCCAAGCUUCCCUCAUUCAAUGUGCAAGGCUCUGACAACGUCAGCGUUUAACAUUGUGGCCUGAUCACCCCCUUCUGUUAACAAUGACUAAACAUUAGUCAGGCAUCCAGGAAGUGAAAAGGCUUAGAUCUCUCUUUAGUCGAGUUUUGGUCACUGGGUUCAUUUAAUACAGGCAGGUAGCAGAAUUCAAAUAGAACGAAUACUAUCUAACCAAGAAAAGGACACUAAUAGCUGGAAUCUGAGCAGUCUAAAUUCACUGUGGUAUAACGUUAGCGUUCUUGGAAUAUUUUUAUUAAACCAUUUAUAUAGCUCCAGCAUGUUGUGUGUGUGUGUGUGUGUUUUUUUUGUUUGUUUUUUUUUUGUUUUUUUUGACAAUUCUAGAAAUGGGAUAUUUAUAGGCCCUGCUCAAAUGAGCUAACCAUCAAUAUAACUGCGUUCUGAGAUCAAAUAUUGAUCUCUGACCAGAUAUAGCACAAAGUAAAAAACGCCAAGGGCAGUCUCUGAUCUACUUAAAUAAAAAAUGGGAAAAAAAAAUGUUUUAUUUGAUAAAUAAAAGUAAGAUGAUUUUAAUGUAUUUUUAGAAGUGGCAAUACCCAACUUGUACCCUGGAAAGUCAAUUCUUUUUAGAUACUAUUUAGAUGUUUUAGGCAACUCUUGAUAUAUUAAGUAGAACUAAUUAAUUGUAGGACUUUUUUUUUUAAAUGUGUAAACUAUUCCUGGUUGGAAAAACAUUUAAAAACUGACACUAGUAUUUCUUUCUCAAAGUAUUGUCUCGUUAGCCUAUUUUAACUUUGCUUGUUAUUGAGAAUAGGAAAUAAAAGAAACGAGCUAUUAAUGUAAAACGGGUUUCCUUUUUUUAUAACUUCUCUUCUAUUAUUGUCUUUGUCCAUUUUAACUCUUUUAAUCUUAACAUAUAGCUAAUUCCACUCCAAGCGUCGACUGCAAUCAAAUCCAAUAUCGUAAACAUAGGAUAGGCACAACUUGUAAUUACAGUGAUGUCUUGUCAAAGCUCUUCUCCCGCUCACACUGUAAUUAUCCCCCCAUGGGGACUGGGUGACAUGCGCAUAAUCCUGUGUAUGUCUUUUCAGAUCAUCGUUUGUUGUAAUUAUAAUAACAGGAGUGCAAUCUGUUUUUUGUGUGUGUUUGUGCAGAUUCUAGAUUCACCUGUUGCAUUCUACACACGACAUCCAACACUGCGCUCUAACCUCACGCUGAUUUUAUUCCAACAAACUCAUGUUAGAUCUAGACAGAUGUGGUCUGAUUCUUUAUUUUCUACAUGUUGGCUCUGGGGGAAACUCUAUAUUAAAGUACAUUUUCUUUAUAACUGUUGGUGUCCUAAAGAGGCAGAUCUGUCACAUUUUUUGUUUGGUUUUGCCUUUCUGCUUUGUAAUGUCAGAAUGUUUAAUUGAUUUCCCUACUGUACGACUUGGCUGAUGAGGUUGGAAAAUAAAAACCGUGUUCACAAACGUUACAGAAUUCUGUUUGUGUUGUCCUGUCGGUGUUUGGGACACUGUGUGCAGAUUACGUCACCUGGUGCUUCUUCAGCUGAAAACUGAUUGGCACAAACUUGUACAGUGUCGCCUUUGUUACACACAGAACUCAAAGACCCAGUCCAAAGAAUACGUGGUAUAUAGUAAAACAUAACCUUUAAAAGACAAAUGUUUAAAAAGUUAUUAACCUAUCGGAUUCGAUUUGUAUUGAUUGUAAACUUAUAACUAAUAUGAUGCCAAUCCAAUAGGUUAAAAACUUUUUAAAUAUUAGACUAUUAAAGGUUAUGCUUUUAAUAUUUACCACAUAUUCCUUUUAUUCUUCAAAUAAUAAGGAAGGCUCAACGCUCGUCUGGUGGUGGACCACAGACACUCCUCGUUUCUUGACACUAUAGGAAUGUUAAUGAAUUUUUUUUGUCUGAAAGACACAGUAGGUUUACCUUGGCACCCAGCAAGCAUGGAAAUGCUAAGAAUUAAAUGGUCAUACAUGGUGUGACUCUUUAGGUAUACCAACUUAAUCCUAACUCUACCAAGUGAAGGCAUCUUCUACCAAUGUUUUAUUCUACAGUAACUGUCAUUUCAUGGAGUAGGCCCAAGCUGGCAAAGCCGGCGUCUGUAUUAUGUCCAAAUGGCCCUGUUAAGGCAGAUGUCCUAGAAUAUCACAAAACUUGGGUAGCAGGGCAGCCUAAAGAGACAGCAAACGUUUCCUGAGAGGUGAUCAGACAUGAACGAGUCUUUAUCUUCCUUGUGUCCCGAGUUCACUCCAUAAAAGUAUCUCUGUGAGAUGAGUGUUUGUACAUCACAAUGCCUGGUUCACUGAUAGAUAUUCUUAUAAUAACCGGUUUUAUUACGCUUUAUGCAAUCAAUAAAGAGUGCCAUUUAGAAUAGAUUUAAUUUUGCGUUUAAAUAUUUAUGAUAUCUUUCAAUCAAAGAUACAAAAAUCAAGGUGAAAUAUGGUAUCAAGCAGACAUAACGUAUAGGAUGCAUUUAAAACCUACUUUUAAAGUGAGUUCCUGAAACGCCUUGGGAUCAUUCCAACGCACUGUUUGCUUUAGCCAGAGAGGUCCACCCAGCCGUGGCCAUUCUGUGCUGGAGAGAACAGGACGUAUUCUACUGGCAAUAAUCCUCUCACCCCAUGCUUUGUUCACGACUUAUUACUGUCACAACUUGUGAUUUUACAGUAGGACACUACAUCAAGAGGUCACUGAUUCCACCAUAACUACUGCUUAAACCAGAUUUACGCUUAACAUGUGUAACGCUAGGCCUAGUUGUUGCUCUGGGGGAGGGGGGAGGGAAUCGUUUCAACUCUCCCACAAUCUACAUCUGUUUAUUAUCCCACUGGAAGUUUUGAUAUCAUACACACUGAUACACAACAUUAUCAUGUUUUAAAAAUUGGGUAUUGUUGCUAUAAUUAGCAUUGUAUACGCCUUGUGUUUUAUUACCCUGUAAUAUUUAGACUGGUUAAGUCCCUGACGAAUUAUUGUUAUUAUUAUUAUUAUUAUUAUCGCCAUUUAUAUAGCGCCAACAGAUUCCAUAGCGCUUUACAAUAUUAUAGAGGGGUUAACUAUAAAUAGGACAAUUACAAGAAAGCUUACGGAACGAUAGGUUGAGGAGGACCCUGCUCAAACGAGCUUACAGUCUUGAAAGAAGAAUUAAUAUAGAAUCCUGGGGGGAACAUUCAGAGGGCGAUUGUUAUGGGGGAUAAUUCAGUAAGUGGGUGUGGAGGGAACAAAUAGGUCAGGUUUUAUAGUUUGCCAAUCUUCAAUUUCAGAUUUAAUUAACUCCACCAGUGAAGAUGCAUGCUGUUAAUUUGAAUACUGAAGUGGUUUUUCUGCGGUGUUCGGCCUCACAUUUGAGUUUUGUAGCCUUGCAGUAAUAGGGUGUUCGUUAAACACUGACUGUGAUAUCUAAUCACUAACAUGUAGGAUAGUUACAAAAACAUCAUAUGAUUUGUCAGAUCAUGCAGAGCAUUGGUGGGUUAUUUAGGGAUAGCACUCUCUGGGAUCUGACGUCUUGACACCGUACUCAUUCUGGACAAAUUACUUGUCCUCAUUCUAGACUAAAGGGACAUUUUUCCUGUAUCCAGUAUGGAGUUAAAAUGGUUUCAGAUUUUUUUUCAGUCCUUGGUUAACCUUUCUCUUAUUCGUAUCUUGUUCCCCUGUCCCUUUUUGUCUUUCUUUCCUUGAAUGACGUGUUUCACACCCAAUGCAUUGUCUGCUGUUGACCUGGGUUCCACUUCCUAUGUAUAAAUACCUAAGCAGAACUUUUAUUAAAUGUUUGUAGCUCGGUUUACUUAACAAACAUCCUUUGCUGAAAUCAUCUUAUUUUCCUGCUGAGCCUCUUAGAAAAAGAAGCUGCUUCCCGGCAUAACUGUUAAAAUUCCUUCUGGCAAGUCAUGAUAAGACCACAGCUGUGUCCGAGCUUACCACAUGUAUUUUUAUUUUAGAUCUUAUACUGGAUUUAAUAGAGGCUGUAAAAAUGCCAUUAAGGAGAGAUUGACAGACCGAGAAUAUAUCUUGUAUUUUUCUGUUACCUGGACUUGCUUGUUAACUUUUUUUCACUUUAUUUUUUUUCUAUUAGAGCUUAAAAUUUGCAAAUGAUUACAGUGAAAUGACAUAUUAAUAAUUCGUUUUCAUCACUUAAUGAAAAGACCACAGAGAGUUCAUUUAAUUGGCCUUCACUGUGGCACUCGUGGUGUUUGACGAGGCAUUUUAAACAAAUUAGCUUUUCCCAUGAUCCCCUAGUACAGCAAUAUUGUCUGGCUGGACAUAUCUUAUCAAACUCGCUAUGUUCCUGAUAGUUUUAACCCUAGAUCAAGCCAGGAGGAAAUCAAAGAAACUCCGUAAAUGUGGUCAGCAACUCUACUUCCACAUUACCUCUGUCUGAUUUAACACUGAGCUUCCAUAGGAAUACAUUAGAGUAUGGAGAUUCAUUGCAAUCCCCCCUGGUUCUGAAAACAUCUUUCUAAUGUUCUAUUAAUCUGUUUAAUGCAGGCAAAAAAAUGUUGGACCCUCAUUCUGCAGUGUCCCUUUAAACACUGAGAAUCACACAAAAAAAACAGAAAGUCAUUAAAUGUGCAAGUGAUCUCUGUAUUAAUGUACUUUCACAAAAAUCACUAACUUGCUGCAAGAUAUCUAAAUACUCUUUGCUCAAACUUGACCAACUCUACGGCAGAGAAAGUGAGAUUGGCAGGGACACCUGUUGCAUCACAUUGUUACAUUUGUGGUGUACUAAGGGAGGGGGGCCGGAGGGGGGGGGUCCACCCCUGGUUCCACACACUAGGGGGAUGCCCGGGGCAGACUGUGUCGGGUCCUGGGUCACUGACCGAGGACUCGACACUAGGAGGGGGCCCGGCGGCUUGUUCGAUAUGCCCCUCCUGCACCUAUCGCAUUGUGCAGACCAUGAGAUUCAUAGUCUGCAGCUCUGCACGCUGCAGAGCUGCAGACUGGGUAUCACCACUGGACCACCAGGGAGCCCACACUGGACCACCAGGGAAUUAAAUAAGGUAUUUAGUCACCCCCCCCCCCUCACUCCCUCUAUCAACCCUCCUCACUCCCUCUAUCAACCCCCCUCACUCCCUCCCACCAUCACCCCAGCUCACUCCCCUCCCACCAUCACCCCCCUCACUCGCGCUCUCACCAUCACCCCCCCAUCACUCGCUCUCACCAUCACCCCCCCUCCCUCGCUCUCACCAUCACCCCCUCACUCGCUCUCACCAUGCAUCACCCCCUUCACUCCCCUCACCAUCACCCCUUCACUCCUCACCAUCACCCCCCUUCCUCCCUCUCACCAUCACCCCCCCCUCUCACCAUCACCCCCUUCACUCCCUCUCACCAUCACCCCUUCACUCCCUCACCAUCACCCCCUUCACUCCCUCUCACCAUCACCCCCUUCACUCCUCUCACCAUCACCCCUCCUCUCACCAUCCCCCCUUCACUCCCUCCCACCAUCAUCCACUCCCUCCACCAUCCCCCCUCCUCCUCCACCAUCCGCCCCUCCCUCCCUCCCACCAUCACCCCCCCUCCCUCUCACCAUCAACCCUCCUUCACACCAUUAUCUACUAUACAAGCACACAUUGCAUUCACUAUACAGACACACACUUAUACAUGUGUAUGUGUGAUGUAUCUGUGUGUGUGUGUGUUUGUCUGUAUGUGUGUAUGACUGUUUCUAUGUAACUGCAUGUGUGUGCCUAUGUGUCUGUGUGUGUGUGUAUGCAUAUGUGAGUGAUUAUGUGCAUUUAUCUCAGCAUUUCGCCUACACUACACACAAAUACAACCCUGCAUCCAAAUGUCAACACUACAUAAAAACACACCACCAUAUUCAAAAACCACACUACAGAAAAAAUGCACGCCUGCAUUCAAAUGCCAAUACGUGCAAACACACCCGUACAUUCACUCACAUACUCCAUUCAAACACUGCGCAGUGCUAAAUAUAUAUUUUUUUUAAAAUGCAAACACUGCUCAGUGCUUGAUACAAGUAAAAAAUGUGUGGGUGUUUUUUAAAAUUUUUAAGCUGCCAAAUGCUCCACGUAUGCCCCUGGGGUCAACUAUCAUCAUUUUGGAAGUGAGAAGGUUAAAUUCAUGUUACUAUGCCCAGUAAGACACCAUCACUGCUGGCUAAGUCUUUGGUCACAUGGAGUCCUCUAAGAGGUUGUCCUCCCAGUACCUUGUCAAGUGCUUCCCAUGGCUUAAUCUCACCCAUCUGUUUGAAAAGAUGUGAUUUUUACAGCGAUUUUUCUUUCUUAGAAUAGAAUUGGUUUGUACUCCCAUAUAAUGAAAUAGAAUUGUGUUUCAGACAGACAAUCUUAUUUACUAUCCAGUAAAGUAAAAAACAGUUUAAUUUUGCAAUAAACGUGUGAUCAUCUGAUCGACAAUGAGUUCCUAGAGGUUAUAGUGACCCAAAUCACAAUCACGAGGCACAUUCUAAGAAAGCUUUUCAAUGCACUGUUGGACUCCGAUGUUACGGUGCUGUGCUGUUAAACAAUACAAGUAAAUCAGGGCUAAGCCUUUCAUAACCAGAGAUCUUUUGUUAUCCGUUAAACUGCAUGAGCUAAUCCUUUUUAUUACCCGAGGGUGGGGGGGAAAAGAAGAGGUAUUUCUGCUGGAAACGUGAUAAGAAGCCUGUUUUUAUCAUUUAAUAAAAUCUCACGUCUCUUCCCCUCUUUGCAGAUGACAUUCGGCUGUACGCAUACAUCCGAUUUACCACUGGGGAUGCCAUGAGUAAAAGAACUAAGUUUGUCUUAAUAACCUGGAUCGGUGAAAAUGUCGGUGGACUCCAGAGAGCUAAAACUGGCACUGACAAGACACUGGUAAAAGAUGUAGUACAGGUAAUUACCCAAUGGACAGCCAGAAAACACUGUGUUAUGUAUUGUGCUCAUGGUUUACUGCGCAUGUUCCUUAUUAAUUGUGUGAGUAAAUGGACCUGGUGGACAGCGGGGAGGGAGGGCUUAUGAAAGCUAUUAAACCUUCAGUUCUCAUUGGGAUAGAAUUUCCUUAUCAUUAAAUAUGUUUGCUUCUUGUUAGGGAUCUUCAUCAAAGUACGUUAGCUUUAGCACAGAGUGACCCUCAGGUUCAGGGCUGUCGCUGUCGUGAGCAACCUUAGUAAAUCUGUUUAGGUGAAAAUGUUUUUGCUACUUUUUCAAAUCUUAAAAAAACAUUUCUAUUGGUUUGGUAAACCGCACAGCUGAAUAUUAGCAGGUACCAUUCUUGGACCAAGGUAUAUUUGACUAAUAAUCUUAUUAACACUCUGAUCUGUCUGUGCAUUAUCUGCGCCAUAGCCUGUCUGACAUGUUGGCAUAUUAUUUGGCCCAGGUAUAAUGCCACCAUGUUAUAUUUGGAUUCCGACCACCCUGGGUGAUGUUUUGUAGCACUGCUAUUCACAUACACGUGCAUUUUACAUAUGGCUCUACUGACUGACCCUAUUCAUUUACUGCAUAAAAGUUGCAAAGAUUGGGCAGGGAAUCAAAAACUGAUUUCUGUUUAGGGAUUCAGUAAAAAGGAUAUUGACUGGCAAUAAUAUUAAUGCAGUCUUGCAGACAUUAGGCCUCUCAUAAAAUAGGCAGUUUAAAGGGCCUUCCUACGAAUAGUAAACAAUGUCUGUGUAUAAUAGCCAAGUUUUCACGAAGUCAACCUUGUGACGGCCUUAUUGCGUGUAAAAGCAUGGCCCCGAUUCAGGCCGAGAGCAGUCCGGGGGAAGGAAAGGUCGGAUUCAUAAUUAAGCGUUUCUGUCUUUGUGUAGAGUGUAAGGCUGUCGCUGUUUAGAUGUGAACAAUGCUGUCUUGUCCCACUUGUCUACAGGACUGCAUUAUUAGUUCUUUCUAAUGAUAUUCAAUGUGUAAAUCCCAAGACACUGAGAGAAUGAAGUCUGCCAUUGGUUAAGGUGACUGUGCCAAUUUCUAAAGUAAUCUCUCCGUUUUGAUUUAGUCAUUUAUUUGUUUGCAUUCGCUUCUCUCUGCAGAACUUUGCCAAAGAAUUUGUGAUCACAGACCAUAAGGAGCUGGAGGAAGACUACAUUAGGAACGAGUUAAAGAAAGCUGGUGGUGCCAACUAUGAUGCCCAAAACGAAUAAUUGAAACACUUACUUGGUGCCAUCUGCUGGGAUCUCAAAGAGCAGCCAAUCAAAUGAAAACUGGAAACUAAAGGACACAAUACAAGAAAGACUGGUUUACUCUUUCCAUGUCCCUCUCCUUGCUAGGCCCGCACAACAUGAACAACUGGAAUCCAUGCCACCGUUUCCUCCCUGCUAUCUAAUUCCACCAUAUUGAAUUAAUCACUCCCGCUUUGCUGAGUCCAGGAGGCAAUGCUGUUUCUGGAUACGUCUAUACUGCAGUCUACUUGACAAGCGAAAUCUGUUUAUCCUCCAUUGACUGAAUUAUCCAACAUAGGUUGAAAUGAUGUUAAGGAUUCCUUUCUGGGAUUGGGAAGGCAGAUUUUUUUUUAAAGUUGAGGACUGAAUCCAUCUUUAGCGUUCGUAUAUAAUUUUAGCCAAGAUCAUACCAAGAACAGACUGCAUGUUACCAAUCAAAAGUGAAGAUCGUAGUAGAGUUUUAUGUUUUAAAAGCAUUACCAUGGCAACCAUAGAUAUUAUAGCUGUAACAGGUCUACAUGGAACAUCAUGAAAACACAAUGUAUCUGAUGGCUGUUUCUGUGUGGCUUGGGAGAUUUGGGUUUUUUUCUGUGCUCAGCUCUAAGUUAGAAGUCUACAUUCCUUUAAUUUUAUGGUUAAUAGGUUUCAUUCCAUUUAAAUCCAUUGUCAGUUGAAAAAAAUGAAAACAACCUGUUUUUGUUUUUCUCCUAUAGAACCUAAUCUCCAAUUGUUGUCCAGAAUGCAAAAUCCUAGUUGGUCGUGUCUUGUCCUUAUUAAGGAAAGGACUUUGUCCAUCUCAAUAAUACAACUGAAUAGCUGUCAAUGGUUCCCUAGGUAAAGCAACAAUAUUAUGCUUUAAGCUCCAAAUGAUAAGACCACGAGGUAUAAUGGUACAUUUUUCUGUAAGGACUUGGGGAUUGAUUAUGCAAUUGACAUCAUGACCAAACAUUUGAUACGUGAUUCAUCUUGUCCAAUAACUUCUGUCCUCUAACAACACAACUUAAGGAAACUCUCCCCUGUGACCACACAUAUUGCCUACAGAAUAUGGCCACAUAACAGAUCAAAAUAGAAUGAAUGAAAAUGUAACAUUUCAUAAAAGAUCUACAGUUCAGUUUCAAUCUGUAAUCCAAUUCCCAUUCAUAGUAUAGAAAGAAACUUGUUUUUUUUUUUUUUUUUUUUAAGCGCAGACAUUAGGACAUUAUGAUGUAGGUGUGGGUCUAGAAUCUGUUAAUUGUUUUCAGGCAGAGACAUUUAUUUGGUGAUAAUCUGCUGGGUUUGGGGAUUGCACAUAUUUUUUCAAGUUAAUAUCGUUAAAUAUUAACUUACUAAUGUGUAAAUUUAUACUAAUGGGGAAUUCAAACAGCUGAAAUCUGUGAUGCCAAUUUUGCAUUUCAGAAUUCUGAGUUCUUAAAAGAAUGACCUACCUAGCACAUCGCUGUAAGUAGGUGAUCUUGUGCGCGUGUUCAGAUAAUGACUCACAAUUAGAAGAUGCUCUCGAGUGUUGCUCAUUGGAAGAUUAAUGUUUUUGCCACAAAAAAAUUGACAGUUCUUGCGGUAUACGAAUUUUACAUUUGAAACAUUUGACCUUAACAGCUGUGAUCCUGAAAGUGCCUGCGGCCUGUUGAAUGUGCAAUAGUCAGCUUUGUUGUACGAGCUGUAUAACACAGUAACAAUUGAUCUCGUUUGGCAUGUGGGUGCAUAACAUACGUUUUACAACAUAGUAACAAUGCAGCUCUGUUGGCAUGUGGGCAUGUAACAUAGGAAGCCACAAUAAGACUCCAAGACGUAACAGUAGAAUUAAAAAACACACAUUUGUGUAAACAAAACAACAGUAUUGCACAAAAUGAGUUUUUCUCUUUUCGAUGCAAUGUAAAUUGGUUAAUGAACACUUUACACUGGAAGCAGACUAUGAUAAUGUUUAAAACUAUUGCAAUCAGGUCACUGAAAUUUUACCAACCAAACUCAUCAUUUAAAAGGGAAGUGUUACAGAGUAGGACUCGUGGAAUCACUUGGUUUGAAAAACCAUUAAAAUAAAAUUGUUCAUUUUUUUUUCUUUUUUCAAAAGUAACGUUUCUGAGUGUUAUUUUAAAUUGUUAAAGCUGGGUGUCUGAAUAUAUUAUCCCAAAAUGUAGUGUUUUGUUUUACUUUAUGAAUCUAUUAUCCUACUUUGAACAUGAAUAGGGGCAUUGAGUGAGAUUGUGUGUGUGUGUGUGUGUGUGUGUGUGUUAUCAUUCUGUUUCAGUCCCAAUGGGGACUCUCGG